AUGAUCUCCUUUCAAAGUAUUACUAUCCUCGGACUGGUUGAGAGUUUGAUUGCUCUGAGACUUGUUUCAUACGGGUUCAUUCCUUGUCGCUAUGACGACCGAUGGGCAAAUUCCUUGGCUGUGGCGGUCGGAAUAUUAGCCAUCAACUACAACUUCAUGUUCUUCUACUCGGCUAUCAUAUACCCCAAGUUCUUCAGCCCCCUGAGAAACGUCCCACAAUCCAAGUGGCACCUUUGGCGACUAUUUCAAAGCCGCUUUAUCCGGCAGGAGACUCUGGGUCAACUUCUGUUUGCUAUCGUGCAGGAGACUCCAAACAACGGCAUCGUCCAUCUCGGAGAGUUGUACACCGAACGGCUGUUGCUGACCGGGGCGAAGCUCAUCGCCGAGCUCCUCGUUCAUAAACCUUAUGAUUUCGAGAAGCCCGAGAAUGCCCGCAACUUCAUGCGCCACUUCCUCGGCGACGGGCUCAUCAUAAUCGAGGGGGACAGGCACAGAUUCCUCCGCAAGAACACUGUUCAAGCGUUCGGAUAUCGUCAGGUACAAAAUCUGUAUCCGCGAAUGUGGAUGAAAGCGAUGUCUCUUGUGGACGAGAUCGACAACAUCGCUCUGGGACGUGAAGAUACGGGCCUGAUUGAGAUGAUGACCUGGGCCAACAAAGUCACCAUGGAUGUUAUCGGGAUCGCUGGCCUUGGUCACGAUUUUGACCUCCUGAGAAAUUCGGACGACCCGCUCGUCAAGAGUUUCAAUGAGAUCACGGGCGACCAUAUGCUGUUGUAUUUCGUCAUGUCCAUGUGGCUCUCGUUCGAGUUCGUGCAAAAGCUGCCGUGGAGCAAGAACACCAUUUUCAAAGAUAAUCCACUGAACAUGAAGAGUAUAUGCCAUCGGUUGAUCCGAGAGAAGCGGGAGGCUCUUCGAAAAGAUCCCGAUGAACCGGUCGACAUCCUUUCAAACCUCAUUAGGACGGAUAACUUUUUCGACAACGAGCUCGCGGACCAACUCUUGACCUUCCUGGUGGCUGGGCAUGAUACCACGUCAGCCACGCUCACAUGGGCGGCGCUACGCGACGAGAUCCAACGUGAACUUGCGACGUCAGGUCUUUUUGGAUGCGACGGAAGCCGCGACUUUGAUGUUGCGCGGCUCAUGGAAAACUUUCCUAUCCUCAACGGUGUCAUGCACGAGACGCUGCGUCUCUACCCUACGGUCCCAGUCACGACGCGAGUAGCUGCUUGCGACACGUCGCUUGGCGAACAACACAUCCCGAAAGGAACCGAGGUUCUCGUGUCGCCGUGGCUGAUCAACCGAUCACCAAAGCUCUGGGGAGGCGAGGACUGCGUAGGCCAGCUCUUCUCCAAGGCGGAAAUGCGGUGCCUUAUCGCAGCCAUGGUGAGUAGGUUCGAGUGGACGCUUGCUAUGGACGCGAAAGAUGUCAUUCCUGCGGGUGCUAUCACGAUCCGGCCUCAGAAGGGUUUGCACUUGAAGAUCAAAAGAGUUUUCGGCUCGGAGAUAAGGUCAUGAACUCUAAUGGCGCGAGGUGAAAAAGAUAUACUCUGAUAGCGUUUGUAUUUACCCACAAGUGGUUGGUAUGUGCGUGCGUGCUUGCAUUAGGGACCUCAAGCCUUAGUCCAACACAACCAGAACCUCUGGUUUGGUUGAGACGAGGUGUGGAUCUUGGGGUGUGGAGGAUGGAAAGGAUAAAAAAG